GUACAAAGGUAUCGAGGGCGAAAGUACUAUCCAACACAAAAUGUUUUAGCAGUAUGUUCCUUUGACUUGAAGUUCACAUAUGUUUUACCUGGUUGGGAAGGAUCUGCAUCAAACUCGAGAAUCCUAGAUAAUGCAUUAAUGAGAGAUUUGAUAAAUUGAUUGUUCCACAAGCUUGCAGUAAUGGUAGUGAUUGCAAUGACACUCUUCCUAAGAACUAAGAUGCACAAAAAUUCAACAGAUGAUGGAAGCAUUUACACCGGUGCUUUGUUCUUCACUGUUUUCAUGAUCAUGUUUAAUGGAAUGGCAGAACUUGCCAUGGCAAUUGCAAAACUUCCCGUAUUUUACAAGCAAAGAGACCUACUCUUCUAUCCUACAUGGGCAUAUGCUCUUCCAUCAUGGGUGCUCAAGAUCCCCAUCACAUUUGUUGAAGUUGGUGUUUGGGUGUUCAUCACUUAUUAUGUCAUUGGAUUUGAUCCAAAUGUGGAAAGAUUGUUUAGACAAUAUCUUCUCCUCUUGCCAGCUAAAAACUGGAUUUCUUACCCCAUAUAG